AUGUCAGUUUCUACUGCGGAAAGCCACAUUGAAGCGAUCAAUAAUUUCUUCGAUGAUACGGAGAAACCGCCCGAAAUCCCACAACCAGAACCUCAAAAAUCAAAUUCUGAAUCCCCCGAAAAAGACAGCGAUCCAUCAUUCUUCGAAAUCUUGGAAUCCCAAAAACUGUCUCGCCGCGAAAACCCCUCAAAUUGGGUGAAAAUUCACGGAAUUUGGGUGGAAAAGUCGUAUUUGGAGGCGAAAAAUGAGCUGGAAUCGGUGGAAAGUAGUGCACCAAAAUCCAAAUACGACGAGGUGGAAUCACUAUUCGCCGCCAACAACCCGAAUAUUUACAAUUCUAUGGAAUUCGAGCACACAUACAAAUUCGACUGGGCGCUCUAUUCGCAAGACGCUUUUCAAUACGUGGUUUUCACAAAAAUCUGUCAAAAUCACUCGGAUGGAUUGUUUGUGGAAAUGAAGAAGGAGGAUAGGACAUGCACCAAUUGCGGCAGUUCCAAUCUCACCACCACCGCUCGUCUCACAAUUCCUCUCGAUUUGUCUGAAAUUCCGAUUCCAUCAUUCGAAAACACACAAAUCCACGUGUCAUUUCUCGCCGAGAAACUUCUCGAACAAUCCGGAUUGGAAUCGUUGGAACUUUUGGAGAAAUCGGUGGAUUUCUCCAAAACGAAAUGUCGAAAAAUGUUCGAUUUGUAUCGAAAAAUGAUGGCGGAGAGGCGGACGAUUGGGGAGUACAAAGAGUGGUUUGACAAGUGCAAGCAGUUUGUUAAGAACACUGUCCACUCGAAAUCGCUUCAUCUCCAUCACGGUCAUGUCGUUCGACGCAAAAUCGAGAAUUCUGGAGUGGAGUCGAAGAAGCGAUGCCUCAUUUUUGCACACAUUUUUGAUCUCAAGGAAUAG